AUGACUAGUCAGCUGAUGGGCUCUUUGCCAACAGUUCGAACGACACCCGCUAAACCGUUUACGAACACUGGAAACGAUUAUGCUGGACCUUUGCUGAUAAAACAUAAGGCUCGCUCACCAGGAGAAAAGUGUUAUGUCGCAUUGUUCAUCUGUUUCACAGUGAAAGCGAUUCAUCUUGAACUUGUUAGUAGUGCAUCGACUGAAGCUUUCUUGGCUGCACUCCGUAGAUUCAUGGCGAGGCGUGGAAAACCAAGGAAUAUGUUCAGUGACAAUGGCAGUAAUUUUCUGGGUGCACAAAAGGAACUUAAACGGUUGCUUAAGUCCAAGGAUCACAAUGCGAGAGUUGCGAAUAGUUUGUCAUCAGACAAUAUCGAGUGGCACUUCAGCCCCGCUGGGGCCCCACACUUUGGAGGUCUGUGGGAAGCGGGGGUAAAAAGUGUCAAACAGCAUUUGAAAAGAACUAUAGGAGGCAUGAGCCUAACAUUUGAAGAACUGAACACUGUUCUGGUGCAGAUUGAAGCGUGUUUGAACUCGCGACCAUUGUGCCCAUUGUCUACUGAUCCCUCGGACUUUCAAGCUCUCACACCGGGUCAUUUCUUAGUAGGUACGGAACUUAACGCUUUACCAGAAAUUGAUCUGACGGAUGUAAAGGUUAACCGCCUGAAUAGAUGGCAGCAUGUACAGUCCUUGUACCAACUGUUCUGGAAGCGUUGGUCGCUGGAAUAUAUUGCUAGGUUACAGAACAGGCCGAAAUGGACAAAGGUUCAACGCAAUCUUGAAAUUGACGAUUUAGUGAUUAUUCGCGAAGACAAUUUGCCACCGUUGAAAUGGUUGAUGGCUCGUGUGGUCGAGUUACAUCCCGGAGAGGAUGGACUGGUGCGCGUUGCGACGUUGAAAAUGGUUAACGGUGUAGUUAAGCGUCCAAUUAGAAAACUAGCAAUGUUACUAAGUAGCCAGGCUGACACAUGUUGA